GGCCAGACGGGAGCUCCAUUCAAACACACUAAACUCCGCGGCCCGGCAUGACACAGUCUCUGUAGAGGAAAGCUGGCAGCAGCAGCAGGAAGCACACAAGCAGAACCUCGCACAGUUCGGGAGCUCUAGGCAGAAGGACAGACGGAAGACGGACGCGGAACAGUCAGUCAGCCGCCGGAACACAAGUCAGCGCAGUCAGCUAGCAGGAGGCUAACGGCUAACAGCACCGACAUGGCGAGCGCCUCGUACCACAUCUCCAACCUGCUGGAGAAAAUGACCUCCAGUGACAAGGAUUUCAGAUUCAUGGCCACUAACGACCUGAUGACAGAACUCCAAAAAGACUCCAUCAAACUGGACGACGACAGCGAGCGAAAGGUGGUGAGGAUGAUUCUUAAACUGUUGGAGGACAAGAAUGGAGAAGUUCAGAACCUGGCCGUCAAAUGCUUGGGCCCGCUGGUAAGCAAGGUGAAGGAGUACCAAGUGGAGACUAUCGUGGACACACUCUGCACCAACAUGCUGUCAGACAAAGAGCAGCUAAGGGACAUCUCGUCCAUCGGCCUCAAAACUGUCAUUGGAGAGCUGCCGCCCGCCUCCAGCGGCUCCGCCUUGGCCGCCAGCGUUUGCAAGAAGAUAACGGGUCGUCUGACCAGCGCCAUCGCCAAACAAGAAGACGUCUCGGUACAGCUGGAGGCGCUGGACAUUAUGGCUGACAUGCUGUGCAGACAAGGGGGUCUGCUGGUCAACUUCCACCCUUCCAUCCUCAGCUGCCUCCUCCCUCAGCUCACCUCCCCCAGGCUAGCCGUUAGGAAGAGGACCAUCAUGGCAUUGGGACACCUGGUCAUGUCCUGCGGGAACCUUGUCUUCAUCGACCUGAUUGAGCACCUGCUGAGCGAGCUGGGCCGCAACGACAACAUGUCCACCACCAGGACGUACAUCCAGUGCACCGCCGCCAUCAGCAGACAGGCGGGACACAGAAUUGGUGAAUACCUGGAGAAGAUCAUCCCGCUGGUGGUAAAGUUCUGCAACGUGGACGACGACGAGCUGCGAGAAUACUGCAUCCAGGCCUUCGAGUCCUUUGUCAGGAGGUGUCCCAAAGAAGUUUACUCUCACGUUCCCACCGUCAUCUCCAUCUGCCUGCGCUACUUGACCUACGACCCCAACUACAACUUUGACGAUGAGGACGAGGACGACAAUGCCAUGGAUGCCGAGCAGAAUGAUGAAGACUACCAAGGCAGCGACGAUGAGUAUAGCGACGACGAUGACAUGAGCUGGAAGGUUCGGCGGGCGGCGGCCAAGUGUCUGGACGCUGUCGUCUCCACACGUCAUGAGAUGCUGCCUGAGUUUUACCGCUCUGUGUCCCCCGCCCUCGUCUGCCGCUUCAAGGAGAGGGAAGAGAACGUCAAGGCAGACGUCUUCCACGCCUACCUGUCACUGCUCAAGCAGACCAGACCAGCCCAAAGCUGGUUGACUGACCCAGAUGCCAUGGAGCAGGGGGACACGCCCCUCACCAUGCUGCAGAGUCAGGUGGCCAUGAUUGUCAAAGCUCUGCACAAGCAGCUGAAGGAGAAAAGUGUGAAAACUCGCCAGUGUUGCUUCAACAUGUUGACUGAGCUGGUCAACGUCCUCCCAGGAGCGCUCACUCAGCACAUCCCUGUGCUGGUGCCGGGAAUCAUCUUCUCCCUCAACGACAAGUCCAGCAGCUCCAACCUGAAGAUCGAUGCCUUGGCGUGCCUCCAUGUCAUUAUGGUCACGCACCCCGCCCACGCCUUCCAUGCUCACGUCCCUGCCCUGGUUCCGCCCGUGGUGGCGUGCGUGGGAGACCCCUUCUAUAAGAUCACUUCAGAGGCUCUUCUGGUCACUCAGCAGCUGGUCAAGGUCAUCAGACCACUAGACAGCCAAUCAGAGGGUUCUGACAGCUUUGACCCCGCCCCCUACAUCAAUGACCUGUUCAGCUGUACAAUCAGACGCCUUAAAGCUGCAGACAUCGACCAGGAGGUCAAAGAGCGUGCCAUCUCCUGCAUGGGUCAGAUUAUCUGUAACCUAGGUGACCGCCUCCCUGCUGAACUUCACGGAACACUCUUGAUAUUUUUGGAGCGUCUUAAGAACGAAAUCACACGGCUAACCACAGUCAAAGCCCUGACGCUAAUCGCUGGUUCACCACUCAAAAUUGACUUGAGACCCGUUCUCCCUGACGCCAUCCCCAUCCUGGCCUCCUUUCUGCGUAAGAACCAGCGGGCGCUGAAAUUGUGCACGCUAGCGGCUCUCGAUAUUCUACUCAGGAACUACAGCUCCGCCGUGACGCCCGUCAUGGUGGAUGCCGUCUUGGCCGAGCUGCCGCCUCUUAUCUCAGAGAGCGACAUGCAUGUGUCCCAGAUGGCGCUCAGCUUCCUGUCCACGCUGGCCGUGACGCACCCCUCGCUGCUGGGCCAGCUGAGCGGCGGCAACAUCCUGCAGCAGCUCAUCACGCUGGUCCGAUCACCUUUGCUGCAGGGCGGCGCGCUCUCCGCCAUGUUGGACUUCUACCAGGCGCUGGUGUCCACAGACACGCCGGGUCUGGGUUACAUGGACCUGCUGAGGAUGCUGACCGGUCCAGUUUACUCCCAGAGUGCCGCGCUCCCGCACAAGCAGGCAUACUGCUCCAUUGCCAAAUGUGUGGCCGCUCUCACGCGGGCGUGUCCCGCCGAGGGGCCCGCCGUAGUCGGACAGUUCAUCCAGGAUGUGAAGAACAGUCGCUCCACGGACUCCAUCAGGCUCUUGGCUCUGCUCUCAUUGGGGGAGGUGGGACAUCACGUGGACCUCAGUAGCCAACCAGAGCUCAAGACGGUCAUCCUGGAGGCCUUCUCGUCCUCCAGUGAAGAGGUCAAGUCGGCGGCGUCGUACGCCCUAGGCAGUAUCGCUGUGGGGAACCUUCCAGAAUAUCUUCCGUUUGUCCUGCAGGAGAUCUCAUCGUCUAAACGACAGUACCUUCUGCUGCACUCGCUCAAAGAGAUCAUCAGUUCUGCGUCGGUGUCUGGCCUGAAGCCGUACGUGGAGUCGGUGUGGACGUUGCUGCUCAAACACUGCGAGUGUCAGGAGGAGGGAACCAGGAAUGUGGUGGCCGAGUGUUUGGGCAAACUGACGCUCAUCAACCCUGAGACGCUGCUGCCUCGCCUCAAAGGAUACCUGUUGUCAGGCUCGUCGUACGCCAGAAGUUCUGUGGUCACAGCAGUCAAGUUCACCAUCUCAGACCAGCCGCAGCCUAUAGACCCUCUGCUGAAGAACUGCAUAGGUGAUUUCCUGAAGACGCUGGAGGAUCCGGACCUGAACGUACGCCGGGUGGCCUUGGUAACGUUUAACUCUGCGGCCCACAACAAGCCCAGUCUGAUCAGAGAGCUGCUGGACUCUGUUUUGCCACAACUCUACAACGAGACCAAAGUCCGCAAGGAGCUGAUUCGCGAGGUGGAGAUGGGCCCGUUCAAGCAUACGGUGGAUGACGGCUUGGACCUACGUAAGGCCGCAUUCGAGUGCAUGUACACUCUACUUGACAGCUGCCUGGACCGCAUCGACAUCUUCACCUUCCUCAACCACGUGGAGGACGGCCUCAAGGACCACUACGACAUCAAGAUGCUCACUUUUCUCAUGCUGGCCAGACUGUCGUCUCUCUGUCCCAGCGCCGUCCUGCAGAGGCUGGACAGACUGGUGGAGCCCCUCAGAGCCACAUGCACCACCAAGGUGAAGGCCAACUCUGUGAAGCAAGAGUUUGAGAAGCAGGACGAGCUGAAGCGCUCAGCAAUGCGAGCUGUCGUGGCGCUAUUGACAAUCCCCGAGGCCGAGAAGUCGCCGCUCAUGUCCGAGUUCCAGUCGCAGAUCUCGUCCAAUCAGGAGCUGGCCGCCAUCUUUGACUCCAUCCAGAGGGACUCCAGCUCGGCCAACAUGGAGUCAAUGGACACCAGCUAAAGACGCAAGUUCCCGCAAUGCAACACGGCACCAACACCCCAGCUGCUGGAGCGCUAACCCCGCAGCAUGUUUCCAUGACAACAGGACACACGCACACACUCGUAGUGACACACCCUUUUUUCCUAGCGAUCGGUCGUUCCCAUGAUGCAUUGCACUGACAAGAGCGGCCCCCACACGGACAAAACGGAUGAAGACAAAGAACAAGUAAAAAAAAAUGUUAAUUGAGAAGAUUGGAAGCUCCUCCCACUUCCUGUUUGUUUUGUUCUGGUGAGUUGUUUUCAUUGUGGCUUUUCUUUUUGGUUCUUUUGGCAACUGGAGAACAGCUGCUGUGACCUGAUUGGCCGCUGAUGGCUGAUUGACAGUUGGCGUGUUACAAACUGAUUAAUGCCUGAGGACUUUUAGUUUUUUCUCUCUUGGAUGGCGGCGACGGCAGCCAGCGGGAAACUUGUGAGGCGGGCGGUUCUCUUUUUGGACCAAUCGGCUACGUUUUCCUCUGAUUCAACAAACUCGCCCUCAACCCCGCCGCUCCUGGGAAGUAGGGAAGGAAGGAUUGUUGGAUCUGACUGGAUCCUUCUGAUCACCACAAUAACGUUGUUGUCAAAGUAGGCAAACAUGAAUCAAAUAUUUGAUCCCGUUUGCUGAUCAAACUGGGACUGGUGUGCUUGAGACUGGUUUGAACUGGUGACAUUGCUUGUCAUCUGGUCCAGUUUGACCUCCACAGUCUGCUCUUACUGAUCGCCCAAAAGAAAUAAAGGUCCAUUUCUGCCUGCCUUCA